AGUCAACAGUGUGUCCUUGAUAGCACAGGCAGGUCGGUUAGCCUAGCUCCAAUUUGACCACCAGCAAUCAAUCUAAAGGACUUCUAUAGUGGAAAUCGAGGAUUCAGACCCAAAUAUUUCAGGAAAUCGCAACUUGGCAUCAAGCUAGAGACUCCGGCGUGGUAAAUAAUGGCGUUUUUAAUCAAAAGUAUGGUGGGGAACCCAUUGAAAGGAAUGGGACUUGGAGGAGGAGAUGAAAAGGCUGAAGAGGAGACCCCUAAAGACCCUGCUGCCGCCGCCGGGAUGACUCGAGAAGAAUAUGAGGAGUACCAGAAACAGCUUGUGGAGGAGAAAAUGGAAAGAGAUGCAGAUUUCUUGCACAAGAAAGCAGAGAGGGCGACUCUGAGGGUCUGUCUAAGAGAAAAAUACAGACUUCCCAAAAGCGAGCAGGACGAGAACAUGCUGCAGAUGGCCGGAGACGAUGUGGACGUUCCUGAAGAGCUACUGAAGAUGGUGGAUGAGGAUGCCACAGAAGAAGAGGAGAAGGACUCCAUCAUGGGCCAGAUUCAGAAUCUACAAAACAUGGACAUGGAUCAGAUCAAAGAGAAAGCCAGCGCUACGUUGACAGAGAUGAAGUCCAAGGCCGAGGAGAAAUGUUCUGUCAUGUAGGGGUUUAACAAACUUGCGCAUUUCUACACACAACAUUAACAACAACAAAAAAGGUCAGGAUUUUGAUUUGGAGGAGAUUUGAGGAGAAAAAAAAUGUGCACUGCAAAACAAAAAAAGGCUUUUCUUACCUGAAGUUUUUGUCUUGUUACUAUAUAGUGCAAAUAUCUAAAAUUAAGAAGCAUUUUUAGACAAGUAAUGUUUUCAGAAACAAUGUCAAAUUCUUAUCCCGAGUUCAGACUGCAUGAUUUUAGCCCCUAAUUUUGACUUGCCAAGAGUUUUUGAGAAAUCGCAGACAAAUGACUGAAAUCACAAGCAAAUCGGUGCUCUUUCACGUAAGUAACAAUCACACAGUGUGAACUAUCAAAGAUCUGAGAGAAUCGCUGAUGAGUUGCACAACGCCCGUGAGAUAUUUGGCAUGCUAAACAUCUGGAGCUGUCGGCUAUUCAAAUCAUGCUGUGUGAAAUGUGUUCUGAUUGAAAAAUAACAUCCACGAUCACCUACAGCCAAUGAGAGAGCAGCAUCCACUAGUAAGAAUAUCUGCAGGCCAACGGGAGGAUGGGGGAGAAGUUAAAAAUGCUUCUUUUCGGUCUAUUUGGACGCAAGAAAUGGAGGAAAAACUAGUAGAAAUUUGGCAGAGGCACCCAUGCCUGUUUGAUGUGUUAUCUGAGCUAUAUCACAACCGGGUCAAGAAAAAAAAAAGUUGUGGAGAAAUUGCUAAUUCCCUUCAAUAGCCAGGUGAGGCUGAGCACAACAAGUACAACAGUUUCUACCUCACUAAAGGCUUCUUUCUCAUUGUGUAAUUAUUAACAAAGUAUAUACUACGCGACCUCACAUUGUUUCCAUGUCACUUCUCACUUGUGUUUGAUUGUAAGACGUAGUUUGUUGGUCGAUUCUACCUGUUGUAAAGCCAUGCAGUGUGAAACCUGUCACCGAUCCAUCCUACAGUGUAAACACAGCAGCGAACGAAUGCUACCCCAGAUUGUCAUGCAGUGUGAAAACAUCUGUGACGCAACUACUUUGAAAAUCGUGCUGUCUGAACUCAGCGUUAGGGUUUUUGUCUUCUUUCUAGUACAAAUAUCUAAAAAUUCUUAAGCAUUUUUUAGAUAAUGUUUUCAGAAACAAUGUCAAAUUCUGCUAAAAAAAUGCAGAAGCAUAUAUUGAGAAGCAUUUUUAGACAAGCAACACUUUAAAAAAUAUGUUUGCUAAUUGUUCAAACUAAUUUAUGAGUUGAAUAAAUGAUUUUUGGGGGCGUUUUUGAGAACUAGAUUGUUUAAUGUUUAAUCAACUUAAAUUUGUAAAAACAGUUGAGUUAACUCGACUAACUUAAUCGAUUUGAGUUGGGACAACAUGAAGGAAUUGUGUGGAACCCAUCAUUUUUUUACAUUGAUGUUUUUAGAAACAAUGUCGAAUUGAAGUGUGUUUUUCCUGAAAACAAUCAAAAACAAAAGUAAAAAGAAUUAGUUUUAGUUUAAAAAGUUUACUUUGCUUAAACUCACUUUUUAGCUUGUUUUAAGAAAAAACACAUUUAAUUUUGACUUCUUAUUUCUAAAAACAAUGCAAUAAUAUUACUUCAAAUCAAAUCACUUUUAUUGUAAUGUAAUGUGUGCUAUGAUGAGUGAAAAGUUUAGGUGAAAAGCUUGUCUACACUAAAAAAA